AACUUACUGUGAUUUAAUAAAAUUUAUUUAUGUUUUAUUAUCAAAACAUUAAUCUUUAGUUAAUUAAUCGUGAAUAAAACUAAAAAAGAAAAUUUCGAAACAGGAACAAUGCUACUAGAUCUUCUUGAUAAGCUCUAAAGGCGUUUUUAGAUGAUACUUUUAUAGUUCUUUUUUUUUAUUAACUUUCGAUUGAGAAUUUUUCAUUCAUAAAUAUGUGUUGCUACGAUUUUGUCUUAGAAAUAGGUCUUUCUCUUCUUGUCAUAUUGACAACUGCUUUUAUUUUGUUUGGAAUCAAAUAUGACUUGUGGACUAUUUUGACAGCGCCAGAGGUUGAUAUUGAAUCUGAGAAUCAUGGGGGAACUCUUGUUGCGCAGGUUCUUAAGAGCCAUGGAGUUUCACACAUUUUUACUUUGAUUGGAGGACAUAUCUCACCUAUCCUUAUUGCUGCUGAGAAAUUGGGGAUUAAGGUCAUAGAUACAAGACAUGAGGUUACAUGUGUUUUUGCUGCUGAUGCAUUUUCUCGCCUUUCGGGGAAAAUGGGAGUGGCUGCUGUUACUGCUGGGCCUGGUGUGACAAAUACUAUAACUGCUCUAAAAAAUGCCCAGAUGGCUGAAACACCAUUACUUUUGCUAGGAGGAGCUGCAGCAACUUUAUUAAAAGGUCGUGGUGCCUUACAAGAUAUUGACCAGAUUAGUUUAGUGAAGUCUAUUUGUAAAUAUCAUAAAUCUGUAACUUCUUUGAGGCAGAUAGUUCCUGUUUUACGUGAAGCUAUGAAAGAAGCUGUAUCCAAUACUCCAGGGCCAGUAUUUGUAGAACUUCCUUUAAAUGUUCUUUAUCCGUAUAAAGUUGUUAUGCAGGAAAUGCAAAUUAAAGAAAAUCCUAAAGGAUUUGUUCAAAACAUCACAAGUAUGUUUUUAAAAACAUACCUACGUUAUCAAUUUGCUGGAGCUUUUGACGAACAAGAUACUUCUCCUCUACCUGUAAGUUAUCCUAAAGCAUCUGAUAACGAUAUCAAUAAAUGUAUGGAACUAAUUGCAAAAUCUGAACGACCUUUAAUCUUACUUGGAAGUCAAGCAAUGAUUCCACCAACUUUGUCUACAUCAUUGAAAGAGUCUUUAGAACACCUGAAUAUCCCAUGCUUUCUUGGUGGAAUGUCUCGUGGCUUACUUGGACAUAAAGGAAAUCUACAUAUGAGACAGAAAAGAAGAGAAGCUCUAAAAGAAGCAGAUUUAGUAAUUUUAGCAGGUACUGUCUGUGAUUUCCGACUAUCAUAUGGAAGAGUCCUUAGUUCUAAAUCAAAAAUUAUUUCUGUAAAUAGAGAUGCUCAGCAAUUAAAGAAGAAUUCUGGUGUGUUUUGGAAUCCUGAUAUAGCAAUUCAAGGUAGUGCUCCUGAAUUUUUAAUAAAACUUGCAUCUAAAUAUUCUUGGGGAUCAGCUCAAAAUUCUUGGAUUUCUAAACUCCGAGAAAGAGAUGAAGCUACUGAAAGGCAGAAUGAGGAAAAAAUAGUUCAAUCUGACUCUAAAUAUCUGGAUCCUAUUUAUCUUAUAAACCAGCUGGAAGAGGUUUUGCCUGAUAAUACAAUCCUUGUUGCUGAUGGAGGAGAUUUUGUUGCUACGGCUUCAUACAUAUUAAGACCUCGUGGUCCUUUGAAAUGGCUUGAUCCUGGUGCAUUUGGGACUUUAGGAGUAGGUGCUGGCUUUGCUUUAGGAGCUAAAGCAUGUAACCCUGAUUCAAAUGUUGUCAUUCUUUAUGGUGAUGGUUCUUGUGGAUACAGUAUUGUUGAAUAUGAUACCUUUGCUCGUCACAAGUUACCUAUUGCAGCAAUAGUUGGAAAUGAUGCUUGCUGGACUCAAAUAGCUAGGGAACAAGUGCCUCGUUUUAAAAGUGAUGUAGCAUGCAAUUUAUCAUACACAGACUAUCAUAAAGUGGUUGAACCAUUUGGUGCCAAAGGAUUCUUGUUAUCAGGUGAAAAUAAAAGCACAAUAAAAGAUACAAUUAAGACUGCUUUGCAACUGACUGAAAAGGGUCAAAGUGUUUUAAUAAAUGUAUUGAUUGGCAAAACAAAUUUUAGAGAUGGUAGUAUUUCUGUGUAAAUGUUUUUCUGUUCAAAUCAAAGUUGUGAAGAAAUUGAAAAUCUAUGGCGAUUGUCUCUGUGAUUUUUUUGAAUUAUGUUAUCUUUUAGAAUUUUUAUUUCAGUUAUAUUUAUAGAACUGCAAUUUACUUUUAGCCCUUUGAGUUGUGCCAAUGAAAAUGUUAAAAAUAAAUUUUCCGGUUAUCAAAGUGCCAUUUUUAUAAAAAAAAAAUUUACUUUUCACUCAGAAAGAUGUAAGUUUCAACACCAAUACAAUGAAGUAAAAUUUGAAAGACUGCCAUAAAAACUGAUUAGUUUAUUGCAGCUACUGGUAUUUACACUAAAUAUAUUUUGAGAAGAUUUUAAAUACAUUUUUCUCUAAAUUUAUAAUUUAGCACUUAUUAAUUUUUGUUAUUCUAUGAAAACAAACCAUAGUAAUAUUAAUGCUUUAAAAUUUUAUAGUAAUUACACUAUUGUGUGUAAGGAGCAUUGUUUUACAGCUUGUUAUUACAAUUGCAUUUAAAUUGUUCAAUCAGCAAAAACAGUUCUAAAAGAAAAGAAAAAAUUUUAUUCAUCCAUUGAAAAAUUUUUUUUUUUUGAAAAAAUAUGUGUGACAUGACUCAUAGUGUUAUUUAAUAUUUUAUUAUAGUGUCAUUUGGAUUUACUUACCUGCAUAAAUUAUAUUACUUUAUUUUGCUUUUUGCAAUCUUCAUGGUGAUAAUUUAGUAAACUGAAUUAAUUAUUUAUAAAGUUAAAUUAAUUGUAUUUUUUUAUUUUACAUUUUCAAUGCAACUUUUGUAGUUGUUUGAUGAGAUGUACAUUAAAUUGACUUAUACUAUAGUAAAUUGAGUUAUAACGAUGUUCACAUAAAUGAUGUAUUCUUUGUAAUAUUUUGAAUGGUUAUGAAUAAGCUCUUACAUUGUUCUGUACUUUCUGUUAUCCUUUUUUUGAAGAAGAAAAAAACUAUGUAACAUUAAAUUGCAUUAUUUAAUACA